UGAUAGAAAACUAGAUUUGAAUAAAGCAGAGAUUUAUAUAUAUAUAUAUAAACAUGUCCAAACCCUGGAUCCUAGUCUCCCCAGCCAGCCGUGGAAUCGGGCACGCGCUAACCCGCCACCUGCUCCGGACGACCACCGCCCCCAUCCUAGCCACGGCGCGGACCGAUCUCCCGGGCGUCCGGGCAUCGCUCUUGGAUUCCUUAUUCCCAUCCCCCCCACCCCCUUCCCAUUCCCAUUCCCAAAACAAAGACGCAUCCACCCGCCUCCACCUCCUCCCCCUCGACGUAACCUCCGAGCCCACCAUCUCCGCCGCCUCCGCCACCGCAGCCCGUCUCUUCCCCCCCUCAACGCACCACCUGCGCCUCGCCUUCGCGCUGCCGGGGAUUCUGCGCCCGGAGAAGAGCCCGCGCGACGUGGACCACGACGCGGCGCUCGCGAUGCUGCAAACAAAUACACUGGGGCCCCUGAUGCUGAUGAAGUGGUUUGGGGAGUUCCUGCCGCGGCGGGGGACGCGGGUAGCAGGGUGGGGGGAGGUGUUCUCGCCGCCGCCGCCGCCAACCUCUUCGCCAUCGUCAUCGUCAUCGCACGGUGAUGCAGGAGGGGAAGGGGCGGACGCGGAAAACACCACCGCAACCUGGCUCACCGCCUCCGCGCGCGUCGGCUCGACCUCCGACAAUCGCCUCGGCGGGUGGUUCACGUACCGCGCCUCCAAGAGCGCCGUCGUCAGCCUCACGCGCACCUUCGACCACCACCUGCGCUCCCGCUCCGGCGCCAACGCCGCCGCCAUCGCGUAUCACCCCGGCACCGUCCGCACGGGGCUCAGCGAGGCGUUCUGGGAGAGGGUGGGUAGUGAUAAGUUGUUUAGUGCGGAGUUUGCGGUCGAGAGGAUGGUGGAGGUUGUGAGGAGGAGGGGGGGUGGAGGGAAGGAGGGUGAGGGGGAUAGGGGGAGGUGCUGGGAUUGGAAGGGGGAGGAGGUUUUGCCUUGAGCUUGUGUGGGUUGGGGGGGGGGAUUUUUGGGGCUAUGGUUGGUUGUGUUCAUAAUAGAACACAAUUUUCUCUAAUCCUGACCUAUUUUGUAGGGAUGUCUGUUAUGUAGAACAACGUUUGGAAGACGAGGAAAUCAACCCUAGCCACUCGGAUAGGAAAGAAAGGGGGAAAUCGACAUACGAUCCAGGCAACGGAGGCUUUA